AUGAUGAGAUAUUUUAAAGUCAUACGAGUUCGACGACGAACGACUGCAUCAGCAAAUGAACUAGCACAAUCAAUUAUUCAAUCAUCUGAUUUAACAACAAUACCAAGACGUCCAAGUUCAACAUUGCUAGUUAACAAUGAAGUCUAUCAGAGUUCAAGCCAGCACAGUGAAAAUGAUAAUUUAAUUCCAAAUGGACGACAUGCAGUAUGUACUCCAAAUAAUUUACUAUCUGUCGAUCACAUUGAUUUAUCUCGUCGUUCAUCAGCAAAUCUUAGCCGAAGGUCAAGUUUCCAGCAACAAGACAUAACCGAAUCAUCAAAAUCAAAGACAAGUCUAAAAAACUUCUAUAUAUUUUUUGUAUUACUCUUCCUUUUUAUUUUCUUCGCUGUUAUUUAUUCAUUUAUUCGUAUGAUAAAAAAUCAAUCGUAA